AUGAGAUCCUACAACAACGACAGCCAGUCCGGAAGCAACAGCUGCUCGGAAAGGAACGGCGGAUGUGCCCACCUGUGCCUGCACUAUCCUGGAGGUCAUACCUGUAAAUGUGGGCGGGGCUUUUACGCCAAUGGUACUUUCUGCAACCCACUGCCUUCCUGCCCAGCUGGAGAGGAAUACUGCUUCGAUGGCAGCGAGUGCGUCAGCAGCAGCAAGUUCUGUGACGGCCGUGUGGACUGUUCAGACCAGUCAGAUGAGCUGGACUGUCCAACCUUGGAUUCAGCCUCAAAGACCAGAGUGAGCGAUCAGUCUCCCUCCCUCCAUCCUGACCUCCACGAGUCCGUUCUGUCAGAUAAAGACUCGGCCUCCUGCGAUCUCAAACGCUGCAACAACCACGGCCGCUGCGUCGCCGAAGGCAAAGCCACUCGCUGUCUGUGUCUGCCCGGCUACAAAGGCCAGUUCUGUGAGGAGCAAAGCAGGAGGAGCCACCCUGCUGUCAUCAUGGUGGCUUUCUGCCUCGUCUCCGCAGUGAUUGUGGCAGUUUUUGUUUUCUCUAAAAGGUACUGCGUGUGUUUGUCUUGUGCUUUAGUCGGGCAGUUAAAUUUAGUGUUGCAGCAGCUCCUAGUUCGCUCACUUCAUUCAAAUUUACGUUUUGGUGCCUAA